ACGAUGCCGCUCGCCCAGCUCGCCCAGCCGUGGCCGGACAUGGAGUUGGUGCCGCUGGACCCGGAGAACGGACAAGUCGCCGUGGAAGAGGCGGGGAAGUUUUCAUCCAAGGCCAAGAGCGACUACGUUUGGCUGGAGAGAUCCGCGGUGGACUCCGCCAGGAAGGAAGCCCCGCGAGAAGCCGUGCCAGAGGCCCUUGCCCGACCUCGGCCAGCCCGGCGACGUGGACGAAGGAGUGGUCAAGGAGAUCCACAUCACACACCACGUGAAGGAAGGGUCGGAGAAGGCCGACCCGUCCCAGUUUGAGCUCUUGAAGGUGCUGGGCCAGGGCUCCUUCGGCAAAGUGUUCUUGGUGAGGAAGGUAACCCAGCCAGACAGUGGGCACCUCUACGCCAUGAAGGUGCUGAAGAAAGCCACGCUGAAGGUGCGGGAUCGCGUCAGGACCAAGAUGGAGAGGGACAUCCUGGCCGAUGUGAACCACCCAUUUGUGGUGAAGCUGCACUAUGCCUUCCAGACGGAGGGCAAACUCUAUCUCAUCCUGGACUUCCUUCGUGGAGGCGACCUGUUCACUCGGCUCUCCAAGGAGGUGAUGUUCACGGAAGAAGAUGUGAAGUUUUACCUGGCGGAGCUGGCAUUAGGGCUGGACCAUCUGCACAACCUGGGCAUCAUCUACCGGGACCUCAAGCCAGAGAACAUCCUCCUGGACCAAGAGGGUCACAUCAAGCUCACAGAUUUCGGCCUGAGCAAGGAGGCCAUCGACCACGAGAAGAAAGCCUACUCCUUCUGCGGCACGGUCGAAUACAUGGCGCCCGAAGUGGUCAGCCGCCAGGGCCACACGCACAGUGCAGACUGGUGGUCCUACGGGGUGUUGAUGUUUGAGAUGCUCACCGGCUCCCUGCCCUUCCAGGGGAAAGACAGGAAGGAGACGAUGACGCUGAUCCUCAAGGCGAAGUUGGGGAUGCCCCAGUUCCUGAGCAACGAAGCCCAGAGCCUUCUGCGCGCCCUGUUCAAGAGGAAUCCUGCCAACCGUCUAGGGUCCGGCACCGACGGGGCGGAAGAGAUCAAGCGCCACGUGUUCUACUCCACCAUCGACUGGAACAAACUCUACCGUCGUGAGAUCAAACCCCCGUUCAAGCCUGCCGUGGCCCAGCCCGAUGACACCUUCUACUUUGACGCCGAGUUCACGUCCCGCACGCCCAAGGACUCUCCGGGGAUCCCCCCAAGUGCUGGGGCCCACCAGCUCUUCCGCGGUUUCAGCUUCGUGGCCACGGGCCUGUUGGAGGAGGACGGUCAGGGGAUGACCCCUCAGGCCCCCCUGCAUUCGGUGGUGCAGCAGCUGCACGGGAAGAGCCUGGUGUUCAGCGACGGCUACUUGGUCAAGGAGACCAUCGGCGUGGGCUCCUUCUCCGUGUGCAGGCGCUGCGUCCACAAGGCCACCAACACGGAGUAUGCCGUCAAGGUGAUUGACAAGGACAAGAGGGACCCCUCGGAGGAGAUCGAGAUCCUGCUGCGCUACGGCCAACACCCCAACAUCAUCACGCUGAAGGACGUGUACGACGACGGGAAGCAGGUGUACCUGGUGACGGAGCUGAUGCGGGGCGGUGAGCUACUGGAUAGGAUCCUGCGACAGAAGUUCUUCUCCGAGCGGGAGGCCAGCUCGGUCCUACACACUGUCUGCAAAACCGUGGAGUACCUACACUCACAGGGGGUAGUGCACCGGGACCUGAAGCCCAGCAACAUCCUGUACGUGGAUGAGUCCGGGAACCCCGAGUGCAUCCGCAUCUGCGACUUCGGCUUCGCCAAGCAGCUGCGCGCCGAGAACGGGCUCCUCAUGACGCCCUGCUACACUGCCAACUUCGUAGCUCCGGAGGUCCUGAAACGCCAGGGCUACGACGUGGGCUGUGACAUCUGGAGCCUGGGCAUCCUGCUGUACACCAUGCUGGCUGGAUACACCCCGUACGCCAACGGUCCCAACGACUCCCCCGAGGACAUCCUGAUGCGAAUCGGCAGGGGCAAGUUCACCCUGAGCGGGGGCAACUGGGACACGAUUUCCGAGAUGGCCAAGGAUCUGGUUUCCAAAAUGCUCCAUGUGGAUCCACAUCAGCGACUCACGGCCCUCCAGGUUCUGCAGCACCCAUGGAUCACGCAGAAGGACAAACUCCCCCAGAGCCAGCUGAGCCACCAAGAUGUGCAACUGGUGAAAGGCGCCGUGGCGGCCACCUACUUCGCCCUCAACAGCUCCAAGCCGACCCCCAAGCUGAAGCCCGUCGAGUCGUCCAUUCUGGCGCAGCGGAGGGUCAAAAAGCUGCCGUCCACCACACUGUGAGCCCCCCGACCCUCCAGGCCCCGGCCCAGGGCGGACUGGGCACGGUGCCGGAAGCGGGCCGGAGCCGGACGAGAGCCGGACAGGAGCGGGAACCGUCGCUGGAGAGGAGCAUCUCCACUAGGUCCCUCAUCCAUGCGGGCGGGAGGAGGAGGGCCAGGUGGCUCCUGACAGCGGGGCCCAGCAAGGACACGCGGCCCCGGGGCUUCCUCUGGCUCGCUGUCUGGGCGUCCCACCCCCUGACGGGCUGCUGGGCGGCCUGGGGGGCAACACGGCGACCCCUUUCCCGAAGGGCGGCCCUUGGCCUGUGGCCCCUCAGCCUGGAUCUGAAUUCUCGCUCUGUGCGGUCCUUCUGAAACCUAGGGCCAACUGGCCACACUCUGCCCCCCUCUCCCCCCCCGGCCCUCACAGACGCUGGACUCCCCGAUGCCUUCGGACUUUCCGGUCCUUUCGCCGGCCCCUCCUGCCGCUGGGACCUUGGGCCCCUGACGCGAGGGGGAGGGAAA